GAUUUUGCAAUUAAGAUCUUUUACAAAUAUGACCCUAAAACUCGUCAGACUGACAACGAAUCAGAAGCAAGCUUGAAAGUACUGUCUAAGAUUUUGCAAUUGAAUGGGUUUAUCGUCUCUAUCCGUCCUGAUUCGAAUACGAAUUUUAUGAUCCUAUUUGUGACGUUGAAAGAAAAAUCAUUUGCAGAAUUAGUAAACCUAUCCAAUGAAACCGACAAACUUUUCAAUGUUGCACCUAACCCAACUAGCAACGAGAAGACAUCAGUCGCAGAAAGAUUACGCUUGAUUCACAUGAAAUUGACUUUGCCGAAGUUGAGUGGAGGUUGUGAAAUCCAAGUUGGGAAAGGUAAUGUCAUUGAUAUUCUGCCGGUCAAAUCUGCAAUCAAGUUGGAAAAAGAAUCUAAGUCUAAUUGGAAAAACUUUGGUAAGCUAUUCAAGAAGAAGACUCGUGAUCAAAAUGAGCUAUUUUUGAAAGAAACACUAGGAUCUAAAUAUGCUAUUUACUACAAAUUUGUUCAGGCGUACGUCUCUUCAAUCGGUUGUCUUGCCUUUAUUGGUGUUUUUGCACGUUACUUUUUAGGCAAUUUUUCCGUUCUCUAUGCGAUAGCAAAUGUUUUUAUUGGUUUGACAUGCUACGUAUGCAUCUAUGCUACUGAAAAGAAGCUAGCAAAUGAAUGGAAUCUAUCAAACAUUAGCAAAACCGAAAUAAUCAAGCUUGAGGAAACCGAUUUGAUCCCAACCUGGAAAGUACUGCUUCGCAAGUUGUUGUUUACCCCUAUAACACUUGGAGGUGCUUCUGGCUUAUUUUCGAUUCAAUUUGGGUGUUUCCUUUUGGAAAUUUUCAUUAAUGAGAUUUAUAAAGGUCCAUUCCAGUCAAUUUUAGCUUUACUACCGACCAUUCUUGUCUGUGUUUUGGUUCCCGUUGGAACUAUGAUAUACGGAAUUGUUGCAAAGAAAUAUCUGUUGUUUGAAAAGAACCCAACGCAAGAAAGUGAAAAUGAUUCUUUGUUGAUAAAGAUGUUUGUUUUUAAUUGCCUUGCUUCAUAUUCUCCAUUGAUGAUAACAGCGUUCAUAUAUUUACCCCUUGGAUAUGCUCUUGAUCCAUACCUGCAAACGAUUCAAGCCAUGGUCACAAAGGCUAGCUCUGUUUACUCUUACAUCCCUAACAUUCCAGUGUUGCAAUCUCAAUAUAAGGUUAACAACACGAGAAUGGCAAGCCAGAUCUUUUAUUUCAUGGUUACCAAUCAAGUUGUCGGUACUUUUGUCGAAUUUGUCGUUCCAAUCAUUGUGUCGAAGGUGACAAGCAUCCCAAAGAUUGCAUCUCUCUUAGGUACUCCAGCAUCAAAUAAAGAAUUGAAGAUGAUCGAAAUCGAUGCACCUGAAGAGCAUAAAUUCCUCGAACUUGUUCGUGCAGAUUUCAAGAAACCAGAAGUAUCCAUUGAUGAUGAUUACAGACAACAUGUACUUCAAUAUGGAUUUUUAAUGUUUUUUGGUCCAGUUUGGACAUUAGGUGCGUUGUGCUGUUUUGUUUUCGGCUUAAUCCAGCAAGAAGGUGAUUAUCUGAAAUACAUAAAAUUGGCAAAACCAGCCGUCCCAGCUCGUGCCGAGUCUUCACAGCCAUGGAUACUUUUUAUGCGCUUUUUGCUAGUGAUUGGAUCCUUUGUUUCUGUUGCAAUUACUUUAAUGUACAAC